CAGUUCAUCUCACCAUGGUCACGCCCACACCUUAUGGGGCGGGGUCUUCACAGUCCUCAGCUAGCAUCAGCUGUUUCCGUAGCAGUCCUGAUUCUAGCACCACAGUGAGCUUUGGCAGACCAUUCCAGAUAGGACUGGGAGGAUCUUCCAUACAAACAUCUACCACCCUCCCUACUGGCAGUAGUCAAUCAGUGAAUGGACAAAUAGUCACACAGUAUCUGACCACCAGUAAUGAUGCCACUGGGUUGUUUUAUUGUGAAGGUUCCAAUCGAGGGUUAACAACGCGGGUAUACAGCAUCAUCCACAGUGUGAAUAGGAGGUUUGAGCCUGUUGAUGGCCUGGUGACAAAGACGAUCAACAAAGGAGAGGAUGUGACUCUCUCAGUCAUCACAGUUAAUUCCGGUGGCUCUCCUAUAUGGCGUCAAAUAAGAAAUGGAACUGUUGUUUCAGAUUUCCCUUCUUACAAUCAGCCUAGUUUCACACUGCCUUCUGCUGAUGCUGUUGAUGGGGAUCUGUAUACUGUCAUCGGAUCUGAUGUUACUCUCAAUGACAAUCAUUUCAGUAUGAUCAGACUCAUAGUCAGAGGCUGUGUUGCCGGCAAGUGGGGUCCUCCUGACUGUGGCGGAGUGUGUGAUCUGUGCUACAAUGGAGGAGUGUGUGAUGAUGAGACAGGAGAUUGCAUCUGCCCACCAGGAUUCAGUGGACCAAACUGCCUCACAGUGUGUGGUAUGCACAUAUUUGGCUGGAGUUGUGAGUUUCAGUGUGGACCUACCGGUAGUAAUGUCAUUCAGAGUUGUACAGGGAGCCAGUUUGGCCUGCCAGACCCUUACGGGAACAGCUGCAUCUCGGGAUAUAAAGGCACCUACUGCAACAUUCCCUGUACUUUAGGAACGUUCGGUGCUGGUUGUAGCCAGUCAUGUCAUUGUCAAUCAGGAUUCUGCAAUGUAUACACCGGUGCAUGUACAGGCAUUUCUGGUUGUGCAGCAGGCUGGUCUGGAACAUACUGUCAAAUUCCAGACAUAUGCCCUGUUGGUUACUACGGAGUGAAUUGUCUCAGCAAAUGUACAUGCUUAAAUAAUGCAGCCUGUGACAAGAACUCUGGUGUCUGUAUUACAAGUCCGUGUUCUUCAUCACCAUGUUCCUUUGGAGCAACUUGUCUGGAUACUGGUUCAUCAUUUACUUGUCUGUGCCCAGAUGAAAGAUCUGGAAUUACUUGUCAAUAUACAAGUGACUUUCCCAUCAUUUGUACCAGUGGUGUUCAUGUGAUUGACACUCCUGGUUCCACUGUAGAUGUGAUAAUAGCAGAGCCAACUGUUUCUGAUGGGACCACUGGUGUCACAUUCAGCAUGAGGAUUCUACCAUCGAAUACUUACACAGCUUUUCAAAGCCAACAGCAAAUAGUUGUUCCAUCAUCUGGAUCAGCUACUGUCGAUAUUGAAGUGGCUGCAUACACCCAAUCCCCAAACCAAUACUCAUAUUGUGCUAUUCGUAUCACAGUCACAGCUUUCCAGAUAGCAUGUGCCAGCGAUGUCCCUGUGUAUGGUACGCCUGGCUCUAUUGUCUCUGUGACUUUACCACAACCAACCAUUUCUGAGGGGAUCACUGAUGUGGCAUUCUAUUUUCUGGAUCAAGACAAUCAGCAAAUAUCAAUCUGUAACAACCAUUACCAAGUAACAGCGCCUGUGUCUGGAUCCCAGACUGUGGAUGUCAACGUGAUCACAAAUGUACCUAUGAACCCACAACGCAGUUGCACUAUUCCUAUCACAAUCACUGCUUUUGAGAUCACAUGUGCCACUAAUAUUCCUGUGAUUGAUACGCCGGGUUCUGAUGUCUCUGUGCCCAUACCACUACCAACCGUUUCUAAUGGAGUCAUUGAUGUGACAUUCAACUUCAAGGAUCCUGAGAAUAACAGUUCGAAGCCACUUACAUCAAGAACCCAGUACCAAGCAAACAUUCCUAUGUCUGGAUCAACUACUGUAGAUUUUCAAGUGUUUGCCUUUAGACCUUCAAGCCAACAACUAGCUUGCGCCAUUCCUAUCACACUCAGAGGUUUGCCAUAUUUAAGCCAGCCACCCAGUGUUACAGUUACACUUACAUCAGCUACCGUCAGCUGGCAGGCAUGGGAUCCCAAUGUGGAUGCAGGAGAUGGACCAGUCUUUGCUUACAAAGUUUACUACUCCCUUAAAUCCUCCAUAUCAUGGACUGUUGCUGAGACCGUGUCUGUGACAAACUCAUCACAGGCUCUGUAUAGCUCAACCAUUCCAUCAUUAAACCCAAAUACUGAAUACAUGUUCAGUGUGGCGGCCGUGUUACAGGAGCAAGGAGGAGAAGGGCCAAUGAGUCCAGUAACAAUUAAAGUGACUUCAAAUGAACCUGAACCAGCUACCCUGAGUCCUACAACCACAGCAUCAACGAUCGCUGAAUCAGGUUCACCAGUAGAACCAACUACACAAUUUAACAUGAUACCGCCUACCACACAACCACCCAGAAAAACCACAGUGACGAAUCCUCCAAACCAAAGCUUGUCGAGUUCAGCUCUGAUCGCUGUCAUUGUCGUCGUCGUAAUCGUCGUGAUUGUCGUUGCUGCGGUCCUAUGCGUUUAUUUUCUGCGUCGUCGAAGAAGUAGAAGACAACCUGCAAAGACGCCAUCAGCAGGAGGACAGGAAAUGACCACGUAUGAGAAUCAGAUAUCCCCAGACAAUGACACCGGGGCAUCAGACUAUGAGAGGGUUGGUCAGGAUCACCCAACAUCGUAUGAAGUAGUGGGUAUAAACAUGUCACCACCAACCUAUGAGGAUGUAGGCCUACCAUCUUGGGGACAGGGAUGGAGUGUUCCAUUUAAGAAUAUGAUGAUCGGGGAUGACAUCUUAGGCGAAGGAAACUUUGGAGAAGUUCGCGACGGAGCAGUGAAGGUUGGAGGAAAAAUUUCCAAGGCGGCUAUAAAGACACUAAAGGCAAACGCGUCGGAAAAUGACCGGCAGAACUUCAUGGAGGAAUUUCGAACGCUGACCAAAGUUGGACGGCACCCGAACGUGGUCAGUAUUCUUGGUGCUUGUCAACACGAAGACAUUUUGUACGUGGCUUUGGAGUUCAUGCCCAACGGUGAUCUGCGCACCUACCUGAGAAAUGCCCGAUCUCUGGGGGACAAUGAUCAGUCAACUCUGUCUUCUGAGAAGCUGAUUCAGUUUGCUUUGGAUGUUGCCAAAGGAAUGCAACACCUUGAUGCAGUGGAAGUGAUUCAUCGUGAUUUGGCGGCAAGGAACAUCCUCCUUGACAAUCAAUUGGUUGCCAAGGUUUCUGAUUUUGGCUUGUCUCGAGGAGAGGAUAUCUAUGUUCAGAUGUCAAGGACUCGGGUUCCUACUCGCUGGCUGUCUCUGGAGUCGUUGGCUUCCAAGACUUACACACCAAAGAGUGACGUAUGGUCCUUCGGAAUCCUUCUGUGGGAAAUUGCCACCCUGGGUGCCACUCCUUAUGAAGACACCAAAUCUAAGGACCUUUUGUCGAGGUUGAAGAGUGGAUACCGGAUGCCCAAACCUAGCAGCUGUGAUGAUGAAUUCUACAACCUGAUGCUGCUGUGCUGGCAGGAAGACCCGGCCCACCGACCUCAUUUCAAGAAUCUAGUGACUCGUCUGACAAGUAUGGGCGACAGCCAAAAUGAACAUACGUACAUGCGACUGCUGCCAAAAGCUGACAACUACAUGUACUUGAUGAUUCGCCCUGAGCUGGAUGACAACUGAAGGGAGAGACACAUAGCGUUGAGUCUGCUCCAGCCAGGACUUAAAAAAAACCCACUUAUUAUAUCGUGGGUUUUUCUCAUUACAAUGUACCAGAAAAUCAUUGUGUUUCUAUGUUUGUAUAUUAUUAUUAUUCG